AAUUUAAAAUUAAACCAUAUAUUUUUUAAUUUGCUGUUUGACCCUUUUUAAUUUCAAAGAAAAAAAGAAACUGAAAAGCAGAAGAAACAACUCUCUCGUUUUCGACAAUUUCUCUCAUCUUCUUCCUACACUUUGGUCUAUAAGUGGCCAUAUGGUUUGAAGAUAAUUAAUGGUUGUUUUUGUGCAAUUCUAAUUUAUGAGUUGAAAUGGGGGUUUCCGAUAAUAUGUUGCAUAAAGAGAUAUCAAUGGUGGCGAGUAGUAGCCAUUCUGAGGGAAGAUCAGGAAGGGUGCCAACUGAAAAUGGACACGUAGCCCCUGCCCCCAGAUUUAAGCAGCGUAAAGUUUCGGCUGUUCGGGAUUUUCCGCCAGGGUGCGGCAGGGUGACUGCACCAAUCACUAGACCAAGUGAGCAAGCACAAGGACAGGUAGUAUCCGAGUCUGAAAACCCAGCAUCAUUGCCUGAUUCUGUAGAGAGAGUUCAGUGUGAAACGAAGGUUUCAGGAGAAUCUGAAAUUGCGACGAGUUCAGUAAAUGAAGUUUCUGGUUCGCAGAAGGAUUUGCCUGAGGAGAAUGCUGCACCAAUCACUAGACCAAGUGAGCAAGCACAAGGGCAGGCAGUAUCUGAGUCUGAAAACCCAGCAUCAUUGCCUGAUUGUGUAGAUAAGGUUCAGUGUGAAACAAAGUUUUCAGGAGAAUCCAGAAUUGCGACGAGUUCGGUAAAUGAAGUUUCUGGUUCGGAGAGGGAUUUGCCUGAGGAGAAUGCUGCUAUUUGUGAAGAGGAGGUUCCAGAAAAUGGUGUGGAGUUCCAUCCUGGUGAGAGCAGUUUAGCAAGAAACUAUCGUCCUCGGAAAGGAGUCACUGUUGUUAGACACUUCCCUCCAUUUUGUGGAAGAAAUGCUCCACCUCUUAGUGAUGAGGAGCGCAUGAAAUGGCUUACCUCUCUAAAGAACAAGGGUUUCAAUCUAGAUAAGUUUGUAAAUAAAGAGAAGCCCUUGGAAAAGACCUUAUGUACUGAUGUGAGACAAGUGAUAGAGGAUGUUCAGGAAAUAGAUGCUCUGGAUGGUAAAGUAGAAGGUAGUUCUCCUAGGCUCCCUGUAGAAGAAAUUCAAACUAAACCUGAAGAGUCAGCUUCUGAAAAAGUGGGAAAGCGAGGUGCUUAUGAAGAAGCUUCUUCCAGGAAUAAUGUGGAGGAGGAUGUGGAAAAUACGAAUGAAAACAACAUCAAGCCUUCUUGUGAAACUUUUCCAAAUGAACCUGAUAGCAACUCUAAGAAAGUAACUGAGCCUAGGGAUGAUAGUAGAAGUUUGGAGGAAAAUCCUAUACGUGAUAUUGUAGUCUAUGAAGGGGGAGAUAGUUUUGAGAAAAAGCUUUCUGUUUCAUCUGCUUUUGAGGGUCAAUUGAUGGAGGAGGAUUGCAUUUUUGUCAAUGAAGAAGGCAACAGUUUUGAGAAAAAGCUUUCUGAUUCAUCUGCUUUUGAGGAUCAACUUUUGGAGGAGAAUCAUGGGAGUCAAGAAAUUUUAUCAAAUUCUCCUCAUCGGCAAGGGAAAAUCACCUGUAAACCUGACCUGGUUGGUGGUUCAUUAAAAAGAAAAAAGAAGAGCAAUGCCACCAGGAAGAGUUCUUCCAGAAAAAGGGCUCAUCAAGGUCAGGUCAUUGUUUGGAACAAGGAAGACUCCUUAGAGCAGGAUGAGCAGCACAAAAAUGAUAAUUUUGCUCGGAGAUCAUACAGUUAUGAUGUGAGUCUUCUGCCUUGCCCCAGUAGGUCGGAUCAUGAUAAUGAUGAAAUGACUACUCGGAACAAAGUGAGAGAGACAUUACGCUUAUUCCAAGCCAUUUUUCGAAAGCUCUUACAGGAAGAAGAAUCCAAGAUGAAGGAAAAAGGAAAGGCUCCUAAGAGGAUAGAUAUUCUAGCUGCAAAGAUUCUCAAAGAAAAAGGGAAAUAUGUUAACACAGGCAAACAAAUCAUAGGACCUGUUCCUGGUGUUGAAGUUGGUGAUGAGUUUCAGUAUUUUGUUGAGCUCAAUCUUGUUGGCCUUCAUCGCCAGAGUCAGGGUGGUAUAGAUUAUGUAAAGCAAGGUGAUAAGAUAAUUGCUACCAGUAUUAUAGCUUCCGGGGGCUAUGAGAAUGAUUUGGAUAAUUCAGAUGUCUUGUGUUACAUGGGUCAGGGAGGAAAUGUUAUGCAGAAAGGCAAGCAACCAGAGGACCAAAAGCUCGAAAGAGGAAACCUUGCUUUGGCAAAUAGCAGAUUUGUUAAGAAUCCAGUGAGGGUGAUUCGUGGUGAAACAAAGUCUUCGUCUACUUUGUUGGAAGCUAGAGGUAAGACGUAUGUUUAUGAUGGACUUUAUUCGGUGGAGGAGUUUAAGCAAGAACCAGGACCACAUGGUAAGCUGGUCUACAAAUAUAAGUUGGUCAGAAUUCCGGGUCAACCGGAGCUUACAUGGAAAGUUGUCAAGAAAUCUAAGGUGCGGGAGGGGCUCUGCGUACAUGAUAUUUCACUAGGGAAGGAGGUAAUCCCAAUUUCUGCCAUAAACACCAUAGAUUGUGAAAAGCCUCCUCCAUUUGAGUAUGUAUGCCACAUGAUCUACCCUGACUGGUGCCGCCCUAUUCCUCCCAAAGGUUGUGGUUGCACUAAAGGAUGUUCAGAAUUAGGGAAAUGCUCUUGUGUGAUGAAGAAUGAAGGAGAGAUCCCGUAUAACCAUAAUGGGGCCAUUGUUGAAGCAAAGCCCCUUGUUUAUGAAUGUGGUCCUAACUGCAAUUGUCCUCCUUCUUGCUAUAAUAGAGUCAGCCAACAUGGCAUAAAAAUUCAGCUUGAAAUCUUUAAAACUGAAUCAAGAGGCUGGGGUGUUAGAUCCCUAAAUUCUAUCUCUUCUGGAACUUUUAUCUGUGAGUAUGCUGGAGAGCUCCUCGAAGAUAGGGAAGCUGAAGAAAGAAAAGGGAAUGAUGAGUAUCUGUUUGAUAUUGGAAAUAACAUUGACAGUUCUCUCUGGGAUGGUCUUUCAAACCUAUUGCCUGAUGCGCAUUCAAGUUCUUGCCAAGUUGUACAUGAAAGUGGUUUCACCAUUGAUGCUGCACGGUGUGGCAAUAUUGGGAGAUUCAUAAACCACAGUUGUUCACCUAAUUUGUAUGCACAAAAUGUCCUUUAUGACCAUGAAGAUACGAGAAUCCCGCACAUAAUGUUCUUUGCGGCUGAGAAUAUUCCUCCUUUGCAAGAGUUGACAUAUCAUUACAAUUAUAUGAUAGAUCAGGUCCGUGAUGAGAAUGGUAACAUAAAGAAGAAAAUAUGCUACUGUGGUUCUUCUGAGUGUACUGGUAGGUUGUAUUAAGGCAUGCCAGUAAAAACUGCUUGGAUUCCUGAAGAAGCAUUGAACGUUUGCACUGUAUGUGUUUUUUCCCUCGUAUCCUCUUCAUUUAUUAGGCAUUUGAAUAUUCAGAGGCUUUACUAUAAGUAAGCUUCUUCUUGUUGUUCAAAUUUUGUGCUUGAAAAGACCAGAUCGAUCAUCCAUGCCAUCAAUUGCUGGGAUCAAUUUUGAGGAAACGGUUUUACGUUCUUAUUCUUCUCAGCUGUUUAUGAAAAUGAUCGAAUUUCGACGUGAAAUGUUCCCUUACUCGACGUAUUUGCCAGGGGAUUUUGACCUGUAUAUUGCAAGGCUAACAGUUUUCAAGUGUAUUAACAAAACUUCAUAAAUGCUACAGUGAAUAAAUAAACUUUUAUUAAUUUCAAA